AUGAAGCACCAAGUCAUUGCGUUUGCAGUGUUUGGCGGCUUCAUCAAUGCUGCCAGUGCCAUCGAGCAUGCGGAGCCGGUAUCAGCGUCAUGGUGCGUCACCUACCUAUCGACCUACCUUGCUCCCAUCGGCACUGCCGAUGCAGCUCCGAACUCGUCAGCUUUGGACUCGUUGGCUCCUGUUCUGAGUUCCCCAACGCUCAACAUUGAAUCAGAGUUUUUGUGGCCAACCGAUAUCGCAACCGCUUCUGGGAGACAACCCACGGGCUCCGAACAGUCAUCAAUUCCUUCUGGUGUCACAGUCUCCGACCGUUCCUCGUCUCCUAUUAUCUCAGCAUCUGACCUUCCGUCAGCGACUUCAGACACUCCAUCAUCGGAAACUUCUACAGGACCUGGACUAUCUGGUCAACAAGUCAUAUUCCUCAUCACACCAACGGGAGAUGUCUCGAAGCGAGAGCUUAGAGGAUUCGUGGGCAACAGUAACCCUCAAGUCUGCACUUUUGCCAGCGUCUUCACUCUAGGCUCGGGUCCUAGUUCGGGCGAGCUUUUUGACGGAGAUUUCCCUCUUUACUACCAAGGCGAGGGCAACCAGGUGUUCCAGGCGCUCGGGUCGCCUCCAGAUGGUGCCAUCACCAGGACCUUUUCCAACGAAGGGGGCACUCUUCAAUUCAAGAACCCCUCUUUACCCAGUGGCCAGGCAACGUUUUGUCAAGAUUCCUCCAGCGGCCUGGUGUACAUGGUCUUUACCUUGGGGCCACCAAACUGUACACCGGUGCGUCUGAGUGUCUAUGGAGUCGAGAAAUGCGUCGACGGUAGGCUCAUCGGCUUUGAUGAAUCUAGUGCUACUAGCUCUCAGGCAACUCAGUCUGACAGUAUCUCUGUCGUUGAUCUGGAAGAGGAGACGGGAACGUCGACUCUCCCUCUUACCCCAGAUACGUCACUGAUCGCGGGCACGUCGUCGAUGAGCAAAGCGGCACCUGCAACAAAGACCACGGCUCCCCUUUCAGGCACUACGGAUCCAACAGAGUCUGCUUCAGAGAAGUCUACACCUGCUGAGUCCUUUGGGGCUUCCUCUCUUGGUGCAUCUCUAGAGCCAUCCUCUUCCCUUCCAACCCCACCCGAGGGAACUUCUUCACAGGCCGAAGUGUCGUCUCUGUAUUCAACCGUAUUGCCAGAGACAGAGGCAACAAUAGCUUCCUCAUCGAUCGAUGUACCUAGCAGUGCCUUCAUCGAGUCCUCCACGCUAGGCGAGCCGCCAUCAUCGGUCGAGUCCUUGCUGUCGACCGAGUCCUUGCUGUCGACCGAGUCCUUGCUGUCGACCGAGUCCUUGCUGUCGACCGAGUCCUUGCUGUCGACCGAGUCCUUGCUGUCGACCGAGUCCUUGCUGUCAACCGAGUCCCUAGAUUCAACAGAAGCUCCAACGCCGACUGAGCCACUAAUGUCAACCGAUAUACCGACGUCAACGGAGUCACUACUGUCGAAUGAACUGCCAACAUUAUCUGAGACUGAGUCCAUCGAGUCGCAAACAUCAGCCGAGUUGUCAACGUCGAGUGAGUCCUUGGAGUCCAGCGAUACACUGGUAUCGGCGGAACCGCCGACAUCAAGCGAGUCACCAACGACGAGCGAUUUACCAACCACCAUCGUCGAAGAACCUUUUGUGAUCACCAACUCAUUCCCGGGUGGCAGAUUCUCAGAUGGCCUUGGCGACUUGGAAAUCUCGGGUGAUGUCACCCACCAGAUUGGAGGGUGCUUCAAGGACGACGGUAGCCCUGACGAUGGAUGUGCUGCCAUGAGAGCAAAUGGCGGCGGAACGGCCCAGCCGAUCAAGGCAAAACGAGGCUUGGAUACAUUCGCAGGCAUGUCAACGUGGCUAGGGUUCCUCCGCCCCAGCACAAAGGUUCUCUAUACGGUCCAGUUCUACUACGCCGUCAUUAGCUACGGAGGAGGCUGGAAUAUGUGCACCGUCGAGGCAUGGCUUGGUAACCGCUACUUCUACUUCAAUGACCACUUCGUCAUGGGAAACAGCGUCAGAUGGACGAGAGUCCUCACGUCCGUCAUGGCUGAUUCCACCCGAGCCAACUUUGGCAUCUGGAUGGAUUGCUGGGGCACUGGGUAUGCCGAGCUCUACGUCGACUCGAUUUUCAUCUCGAACCAGGUCACACCUCAGAAUAUUGACCGAUUCCAGCUGAAUUUUGAGGAUAGCCCCAACAACCCUUCACCUAGCAGCACCAAGAGGAGCUCUAGUUCUAGUUCUACGUCCAGAUCUAGCUCUGGAUCUCUUUCUACUCCCUCUACCCCUGGGUGGUCUCAGCCCGGAUUCACAUCUCGAUCUACUCUUCCUACUCCUAGUUUGUCUCAACCUCGUUCUACAUCUCGAUCUACCCCUUCUACCCCUGGCUGGAUGCCUACGGUCAGCUCGGACCAAGAGCCACCUGGCACCCCCAGCAAGAGAAGCAGUAGCACUAUCAAUUCUCUUGUCAUAGAGUCUGAGCACACACCUCUCUACACCCCUACAGAAAGCUGGAACACACCUACAUAUAGUGGGCGCACACACAUUAACUCUUCCUCCCUCGCUCACAGCUGGAAUACUCCCAUCAACAGCCCGUCCACCCCUGGCAAUUGGCAUACCCCUGUCGCUAGCUGGCACACACCUACGAGGAGUCCUGCCUCUCCCACUACUGGACAGCCCCCCAGGACAGCGAUUGCCUCACAGCCUGUCUGCCCGGAUGGCUGGCGCUUUCCAGGUCACUGCGGCCAAGCAUGGCCCACACCUACGAGCCCCAUCUGCGAACGACGCGGAUGGCCUGAAGCACGUUAUUAUGAAUACACUCUCGAGGACAAGCCUCUCCAAGGCCUCGACAUUCAAAGGUGUGCUAUCACGUGCGCCUACAUGGAUGACUGCUUCUCCUUUUCAGUGAACCCAUACAGUCCCAGCAAGCCGUGUAUCUUCCUGAAGCAGCGCUUGGGCGAGGUUCCGUUCCCGGAGCCGACUCCUGGAUUUGAUGAUUACCUAAUCUGGUCUGAUCUUGAAUGUUUCAACUGUUUCCUGUGCGGCGAGAUGCCGAGCUCGAGCUUGUGGCUUCCUCAUCCAAGUACACUUGACGGAGGGGGUCACUCAACACCAACAACCCCUGGGAGCCCAGCGACGAGUGACCAAGGAGGGCAUCACACACCUGGGCCGGGACAGAAUUCGUUAACUCAUGACGACUGGGAACAUUCCACCCCUACGGCCUCUCGACGUUCAACCACCACUUCGCAAGCUCCCGAGUCCUCGACAAGUACUUGUCGGUACACACACGGCGAGUUGUGCCAGUUCAGCUACAAGAGCGACCUUCUCUGCUCCUACGCUGCCAAAUACACUGGAGAAACAUGGACCGAGAGUCGAAAUGACUACCCCCAUCAAGACCGCUACGAACAGUGCGCUGCCAUCUGCCAAACCCUCGAGGGCUGUCAAUCGGCAGGUUACUACAUGGUCGAGAACCGCUGCCUCUUCACGGGCGCCACUCUCACCAUAUCAGACAUGAUCAUCUAUGAUGACGACCCCUGGAAGCACUCGCUCUGGACGGACAAGCGCUGCUGGACCUGCCCAGACUGCAUCCCAGAGUCGGUCCCCAUCAUACCCAGCACCUUCUGCUCCUACACCCCAGGUGACAGCUGCAGCCGGGUCGGCGUCUCGGAAGAUAUCAUCUGCAACCUACCUGCCUACAUGCCCGGCGGGUACUGGACAGGAGAUCAGUGGGCUGACCAAUACCCGUUGCAGCUGCAGGGGUCAAACGAGGAGUGCGCCGCCAUCUGCAGGGCGAUACAAGAUUGCAAGGGCUCAGGUUGGAAGGACGGCCGCUGCAUGCUUUCAGCGUUCAAACUCUCCCUGAAUCCAGAUGAUCCCGUCCCUCUACAGACCGACAAUCCUUCCCUGUUCAAUGCCGUGUGGGAUGACCCGGCAUGCUUCAACUGCCCGGGGUGUUACCAGGUAGAUGAGUAG